GCCGGCGACGCUCUCAGCACGCUGUCCAAUUAUUAACUUCUGCACUGAUAAGAGAGAAACUUUGCGAGCAGCAAGUAGGAAGGAAGAUGGACUGAAAUGUGACGAAUCAGCAGAAAAGAGGAAGGACGUCGACUCGGCAGCGGGGGAACGAGGAAGACCGGAGCCCAGGCCUGCGUUCUGCAUGGAGGACCCUCAGGUGAACCGGAGCCGGACCGUGGAGCUGAACGACGGGCGGCGGAUGCCUCUUCUGGGUCUGGGGACAUGGAAGUCGUCUCAUCUCCCGCGGACGUCGGUCCAGGGCGCCGUGGAGGCCGCCAUCGCCGCCGGCUACCGCCACAUCGACACAGCGUACAGCUACGGCAACGAGGUGGAGAUCGGCAAGGCACUGCGCUCCAAGAUGGGGCAGGGCGUCAUCCGGAGGGAGGACAUGUUCGUCGUCAGCAAGCUGUGGGGAACCUUCCACGCCCCGGACGACAUCCCACUGUGCCUCAGCCGGUCCCUGAGCGCCCUGCAGCUGGACUACCUGGACCUCUACCUCAUUCACUUCCCCGUGGGGCUGAAGAAAUCAGGAGAUGAACUUUUUCCAACAAAGGACGGGGAGGUGCUGACGUCUGACGUCGACUACGUGGAUGUUUGGAGGGGCAUGGAGGCUCUUCAGGCGUCGGGGAAGGUGAAGAGUAUCGGAGUGUCCAACUUCAGCAUCCUGCAGCUGCAGAGACUCCUGGCUCUGUGCAGAGUGCCUCCUGCCGUCAACCAGGUGGAGCUUCACCCCUACCUGGUGGAGGCCGACAUGUUGGAGUUCUGUCGCUCUAAAAACAUCGCGCUGACGGCCUUCAGCCCGUUCGGCUCGCCGGCCCGGCCGCCAGAAGAGCUCAGAGACGAUGGAGAUCCACACAAGAUCCUGGAGGAUCCAGUGGUGCUGGACAUCGCCAAGAAACACGGACGCAGCUCAGCACAGGUGCUGCUCAGGUACCACGUGCAGCAGGGAGUGUCCGUCAUCCCGAAGAGCGACAAACCUCACCACAUCCUGGAAAACACCAAAAUCUUCGACUUCAGCCUGACCCCAGCAGACAUGGCGGCCCUCCGCGGUCUGGACCGGGGCUGGAGGACUCUGCUCCUGGAAGAGAUCAGCUCUCACCCCUACUACCCGUUCGCGUGAGGAGACAGCGCCCCCCUGUGGACAGACGCCACUGAGCAGGACUCGGCUGUUUUCCAUGG